AUGAUUCCAUAUGGUAAAAAUGUCCGUACGGCUGGAAGACCAAGUCCUUCAGAAAUUAAAAUUCAGGUUGAACAUUUGCAAGAAACAAUUGGUGAAUCAGACAUAAUUUCCUGCAAUGCUGAGGGCUCUACAAAAAUUAACUUCAGUGUGGAGCUUAAGGUUUUUCCAACAAAACCAGCAGGAGUUGAUGAGAUAGUGUCAAAUCCUGUACUACUUACUGUUCUGGAUUCUUCACAAAAACAAGUGGGCAAGGAAUCACCGAAGAAGGGUGUGAAAGAAGUAAAAGUCUCGGUCUAUGGUAGAUCUAAUUUAGAUCUACUGCCUAUUUUUUUAGGCGAGAGAAAAUUUUUUGAGUGUUUGUUGCUGGAGCAAGAUAAGAAAGUUGUUGGUCAGGAGGUAAUUACUUGGCCCAACUUGCCACGUAUGUUGGUCUCUGCAGAAGUAUGUGAGCUCAUGUUGCCAUCUAUGCAAAGGAAAUUUCAAAAUAUUCUACAUGUAACAGUCGAGUCUCUCCAUAAUCUGUUACCAGAAAUGACAGAAAAUAUUACUUACAGGGCAGCUAUAGCUUUCCCAACGUACUCAGAGAGUCUUCAGCCAAUAUAUUUUGAUAAUGGCGCUUACAAUCACUCAUAUGAGCCAGAGUAUUUCAAAAAAUGGACUGAUUUUUCGUUUCUUGAAGGAAGGGCGAAUCUCUCAAAAUACAGUUUAUCUCAAAACUUAGAAGAAGUGAAGACAGCUCUACCACUUGACCUCUCUGAAAUUUCAAAAAAUGAUGCUCCUUGUGUAGAAUGGUAUGCACUGAAAAGAUGCUGGCUAAAGAAACCUGGAGUUACCACAAUUUUUAAUACUUUAACAAGGUUUGCUUGGUUUCAUUAAUUUGUAUCAAAAGGAGAACUCACUUUAGAAAA